CUAAAUGGGCUAUAAAUGAGCGGCAUCUGCUGCAGCCGCACGACGUCCACAAUGCUGCAGCUGCGCCGCACUGUCUGUCUGCUGCUCGCUCUGCUGCCGCUGCGAGCUGAGCUGGCCACCUACGAUGUCUUCCUCGAUGAGAACAUCUUCCAGGAGUCCUGCGACCCCAACGAGGACAGAGGCAAUGUGGCCCUGAGUGAUUUGCUUGAAAACAACCUGACGAGUGUCAUGGUCGACGACACAUCCUACAUUACCGGCGAGGUCGUUGUCAAAGUCCAGCUCCCACCCGGCCGCAUCAGGCUGGAGGCGGACAUCAGGCGUCAGGAGCGCGGCCGCUGGGUGCACACGUUUAUUUCCAUCAAACGCGACGACUUCUGCAAAUCCCUGUUCGAUCCGUUCGAGCUCUGGCACAUCUUCAUCAUAACAAAUAUACCCAGAAGCCAGCGCAUAUGCCCACCGAAAAAGGGACAUGUUUAUACCUUUCAGAAUAUAAGCAAUCGAAUGCAUCUGGAGAACAUGCCCCGCUGGAACGUCUUGGGCAAUGUCAAGGUUGUGAUGCACUUGAGUGUUGGCAAUCUGACGACUUGUGUGGCGCUCCACUGCACCGUUAGCGACGAUUAGGGCAACCACUUGUGCAAAUAGUACACAUAUAGUUCUUUUAGAUGGGACAUCAGCUCUAUAUAUAGCCCGUGGAUAUGCACCAUUUUGCUCGCUGGCUUCCCCGUUGGCAGCUUAUUUGAUGUUUGCACUGAUUUAAUGGGGCCGUAUUAUACUUCUAUCUAAAUUAUAUGCAAAUAAACAAGAUUUCAUGUUCAGGUACGA